AUGGGCUUCUCCAAGCCGGGCAAGUCCAUGGGGGCUUCGCUCACGAACAAGACGUCCAACAAGCUCAAGCGCAAGGAGAUGUACGUCCUGCAAAAGAAGGACAAGGAUAAAGCCCAGCGCGAGAUGCGCUUCCGCCGCAAGAAGGAGGAGGACAAGAACCCCGAGCUCCGCGCCGCCCGCCUCGCAAAGAACAAGCCCCAGACCAUCGACAGCAAGCGCGUCUGGGACGACGUCGACGACGACAGCCUGGGUAAGGUGGUGGACGUCGAGAGGCUCAAGAAGAGGAGGAUAGAAGAGGAGGAGAACGCCGCGCUGGAACAGGAGCUCGACGCCGAGGAUGGCGAGGACGAUGGCGAGGACGACGACAGCGAUAACGACAGCAUGCUCGACGACGAGGAAGACGAGGCCGCCGCCGCGGAGAAGAAGGCCGAGAGGGAGGCGCGGCGCGAGGAGAAGCGCCGCGCAAAGAGGGACUCCUCUGCCGCGCCCUCGACGACCUCGACGAACCUCGACCUCACCCCGUCCUCCCUCGCCCUCAAGUUCCCCAGCCUCUUUUCCGAAGACGCGCCCCCGCCCCCCAAGAUCCUCAUCACCACCUCCCUCAACUCGACCCUCCACCACGAGGCCAACAUCUUCCGCACCAUCUUCCCGAACUCCACCUACGUGCCCCGCUCCGCCCACCGCUACGGCCACAAGUACUCCCUCCGCGAGAUCUCAAAGUUCGCCGCCAACCGCGACUACACCGCCGUCGUCCUCCUCAAAGAAGACCAGAAGAAGCUGACGGGCAUGUCCAUCGUCCACCUCCCCGUCGGCCCCACCUUCACUUUUACAAUCACAAACUUCAUGGAGGGCAAGAAGCUCCCCGGCCACGGCAACCCGACGAACCACUACCCGGAGCUCCUCCUCAACAACUUCAAGACCCCGCUCGGCCUGCUCACCGCCGCCCUCUUCCAGCGCCUCUUCCCCCCGCAGCCUGAGCUCGAGGGCCGCCAGGUGCUUACGGUGCACAACCAGCGCGACUACCUCUUCUUCCGCCGCCACCGCUACGUCUUCCGCGAGAAGCGCGAGACGGAGAAGAAUAUCACGACUGCCGAGGGCUCCGAGAUGAAGGGCGUCGAGGGCAUCCGCGUCGGACUGCAGGAGGUUGGCCCGCGGUUCACGGCUAAGCUGAGGAGGGUGGACAAGGGUAUCGGCAGGGCGGGCAGCGAGGGUGAGGAGUCGCAGCCGUGGGAGUGGAAGGCCAGGAUGGAGAAGGACCGCAAGCGGUUCCAGUUGUAG